GCCUCCAGCAAAAUCUGCUCCCACACCGCCGACAAAUGCACCUAGCACUACCAACCAAGAAGAGCAACUCUAUGCUCGUGUGACCGAACAGGGAGACAAAGUUAGACAGCUGAAAUCAUCGGGUGCUAGUAAAGACGCUGUAUCCGAAGCUGUUAAAGCGCUCUUAGCAUUAAAAGCAGAAUACAAAAGUACUGUCGGUAAAGAAUAUCAAGCUGGUGCUCAAACUUCUAAACCUCAAUCAGCGCCACCAUCUCAGAAAAAUGUCGGAAAAUCAGAUAAAAAAGUAGACCAAAAGAAUUAACAAGAAAAAUCAACAGCUUCUGCAAACGCCAGUGAGGCCGGUGUGAAGAAAAUUACUCGGUUAGGAUUAGAAGCCAAGAAGUUUGUAGAUUUACCUGACUGGUAUUCUCAGGUGUUGACUAAAGGAGAGAUGAUUGAGUACUAUGAUGUUAGCGGUUGUUAUGUAUUAAGACCAUGGUCGUUCGGUAUUUGGGAGCAGCUACAAAAAUGGUUUGACAAUGUUAUCAAAAGGCAAUUGGGCGUGCGCAAUUGUUACUUCCCAAUAUUUGUGUCGAAAGCGGUUUUGGAAAAAGAAAAAGCGCACAUAGAAGAUUUUGCACCAGAGGUAGCAUGGGUAACAAAAUCUGGCGAUACAGAAUUACAAGAACACAUUGCUAUCAGACCUACUAGUGAAACUGUUAUGUAUCCAGCAUUUGCAAAAUGGAUUCAAUCCUACAGAGAUUUGCCUUUGAAGUUGAACCAAUGGAAUAAUGUAGUGCGCUGGGAGUUCAAACAUCCUCAACCGUUUCUGAGGACUCGCGAAUUCUUAUGGCAAGAAGGUCAUCAUGCGUACGCAACCCAAGAUGAAGCCGAACGGGAUGUACUCAAAGUCUUAGAUUUCUAUAAACAAGUGUACGAAGACUUGCUUGCGGUACCCGUGGUGCCAGGGAAAAAAACCGAAAAGGAGAAGUUUGCUGGCGGCGUAUUUACCACCACCGUCGAAGCCUACGUUCCGGCGAGCGGUAGAGCCAUUCAAGCGGCCACCUCACAUUACUUGGGAACGAAUUUCGCACGAAUGUUUGAUGUUCAGUUCGAGCAUCCAGACACUCAUCAGCCUGAGUACGCUCAUCAAAUAUCUUACGGUAUGACGACACGGACCAUUGGAGUGAUGGUGAUGGUGCACGGCGAUGACCGUGGUCUUCUGCUGCCUCCCAAAGUCGCAAAGUUCAGGUCAUUAUCGUACCGUGUGGCGUUGGCGCCAGCACAGAGCCGAGCGUCAAAGAUCGACUGUUGAAUUUGUGCGAUACCGUGAAAAACGCACUCUUGGGAGAUCAAGAUCCGGUCCCGUCUCCAAACAGUAUUCGAGCGGAGACCGACUUGAGGGAUAAUUAUUCACCCGGUUGGAAAUUCAACCACUGGGAAUUGAAGGGAGUUCCGCUCAGAAUUGAAAUCGGACCUAAAGACAUGGAAGCCGGCCGUCUCAUUAAUGUAGAAUAUUCGUUACCAAUACAGUGUCUGCAAAAAAUCUUUUAGAUUAUUAUCAUAUCAUAUCUAAAAGUUUUUUGCACAUACUAUACUAAUAAGAUUUUCCUUGCAGAAUUUCGCUGUGGUCAUUAAUUUGGCUUUAUAGUACACUCGACGAAAUAAUGUACUUGUAUUGUAUAAAUUUAAUAAUAGCAUUAAGAGCAUUUUGAGUUGUUAGCUACAAAAAUAGGUAUUAACCAGUAAUAAAAUAAAUUCCGGCGGUAAUAAAUAAGCAAACAUACACAAUCGUGUAAAUCAUGGCGUAGCUAAUAUAUUAUUAUAUUAUGUGCGUGCAUUUAAAAAAUAAUAAUAAUCUAAAACUCACCUUAACGCGGCCCUUUUUUCAUAGCAUUCAAGAGCAGACUUGGGCGGCAGUUUUUUCCAGGUCGUGGACGAUGCACAAAUGAACUCUGUGUACAAUAAAUGUAUGUAGCUGAACCCUCUACCCUCGAACAGCUUCAUUGAUCGCCACCACAAGGGAGAUUUAUUAUAAUAGGUACAUACCCACUAGGGGAGCAGCUGCUAUUGCGCAGAACAGAUCAGAACAAAGUACAAUGACUCGCCGAUUCCGUUUGCAGUCUGGCCAAGGUUUACCGAAAGGGUUUUAGGGGACGGUGUGACAGUAGACAACAAAUAGGAUAAUUUGGAGUUGUUUUUCUUUUGACAAAACAUAAUUAUACAAAAUAAAAUCAAACUGACAUUAAAAUAUGGCAAAAGUUGCUUUCUAGAUGACCUGUACAGUUUAUGGAAAGUACUUAUAUCGAGAAAUUCUUUAGAAUAAAUAUUUAAGUCUUGUUCUAUGCUUUCUCGUUUUUAUUGAAAAGUGAUGUGUUACCAGAGUCUCCGUAGUCACAUUGGUUAAAUACAGAUAGCGACCAUGAAAAAAAAAACAGUAAAACUAUGCCCCGACCCCACUGUACCAGUUUUUAUUUUUUUGCAAAAAAAUUGUGGGCCAAAUAGCCCAUAUACAGUGUCAUGUAUUUGUUAAUUUAGUUGGAAUAGUCAACGAAUAAUAUUUCAAUCGUUUGUACUUUAUAGUUUAAUUUAUAAUCGCUUAUUCUCAAUAAAAUUAAUAUUUAUGUAUUAUAUACUUCCAUUAGAGCAAGCUCUUACUAACUAUUUAUACUUCAUAGACUAUAUUAUUCUUUCAAACCUCUAUUAUACUUCUAUUUUACUAGAUUGACAAUUUACAAAUCUAAUUUGGGUUUUUUUCACAAAGUAACAACCCGAUUUUUUUUUAAAUCCACUGCUUUUAAAUAAUUUUCAACUUAUAACACCGUUUCGCUCGAAUUCGGUUUUUUAUGUGUGUGUGUUAGUGUGUAAGCUUUUUCUAAGAGCUUGGAAAAUCGAUGGUUACACUAGUAUUAAAUCGUAAGCCGACAAAACAGAUAUAUAGUACUAGGAUUUGUAUACACAGAUGUAAUAAUACGUUGUUUUCAACUGCUCUAUCAUUUGACUAUUGGCAAAAACAAAAUAUAAUAUAUUUCAUAAAUCCCGCGUACUGAACACCUACAGAAAACGACUACGUGUUUAACAGUUAGCCAUUAGUAUACGUUGUCCCUUUUGUGUUGCAAAACUUGGAACUGUUUUCAUUCUUCAAGCCUUUUUUUUCUAAAACAAGUACUCUAGUAGGUUACCUAUUAUUUGAAAAAUAAAAAUGUAUUCGAAAACUAUGAUACUGUUUUUCAGCUUGGCAUUGUACUUAUUGGAAUGUCAGGGUGCACAGCCUACUCCAGAACAACGUGAAAUAAUAAGAAAUAUAGUCAGGGAAAAUGUUGGCCAAGAUGGCACAGGCUAUGAAGGAUUAAAAGAUGUAUUAAUUAAAGUAGUCGCUAAAUUAAAAUUAUCCAUAGAGUUCCCUGGUAAGGAUGAGUUGCUGCUGGAAUCAAAAGAAUAUGUUGAUAGUUUACUCCAUGAAUACACAAUGGAAGAAGUUAUAAGCGUCGUCAAAGAUUUUGUAGACUCCGAAAGUUUGGCAUACAAUGGUACCGUACAAGAUUGCGUGAGAAGGGCAACAUACAGGU